AUGUUUUUCUUUGCUCCUAUUGCUGUUUAUUCAGUCAAAGCAAACUUAAAUGUAUCUUUUUACAACCAUCUUUGGAGUGCUGUUCCAAAACAAUAUCAAAGAUACUGGGAAUGGUUCUUUGCGUAUUCUCAAGUCCCACGUCAAUCUCGUCACCAUGAUUUAAUUACAGAUGCCACUGUAAAAUGGCUCGAAGAAGUCGGAAUUCCUAAAAAGGAUAUUACAAUCGAUGACGGUCCAAAUGUUUUAGCAAGAAUUCCAGCAACUAAAGGCUACGAAAACAUUGACACACUUUGCGUACAAGGACAUAUGGAUGUAGCUCUUCAUGCAUCUGCCGAAGAUGUUCCAUACCGCGUUAAAGUAAAUGAAAUCAAUGGAGAAAAUUGGUUCACAGCAACAGAGACAUUAUUAGGUGCUGAUGAUGGCUUUGCUACAGCACUCAUGCUUCUCAUCGCAGAAAAACGCGACGAAUUCGUUCAUGGACCUUUAGAAUUACUUUUUACUUCUGAUGAAGAGAUUGGCUUAGUUGGAAUGAAUUUCCUUCCAGGCCCAGAGAAUACAACCCAUGGAUUACGUGCAAAUUCAAUUGUUAACAUCGAUUUCUUUGAUUCCGACAAAAUGGCAUCAGGAACUGCCGGAUCUAUUCGUUUCGAACUCAGAGGUCAUUACGAAAACCAGCAAAAGUCCGAUGGCCAGUAUUUCUCCAUCAAAAUUGAGAACAUGUUGGGCGGACAUUCAGGAAUGAACAUGAUUAACGGCAGAAUCACUCCACAAGAGUAUUUCAUUAGAGGAUUAACCAAGUUACAACAAGAAGGUUACGAUUACUAUGUAGUUAACUACACAUCUGGUGAUGCAGCCAAUGUUUUACCAAAUCAUGGCAAAAUUACAUUACUUUUGGAAGCAUCAAAGGAAGGAUUGAAGAAACCAGAGGAUGUUAUAACAGAAGAAUACAAAUUAAUCGAACAGGAAUAUCCAGGAAAGACAGGACAGUUGAAUUUCAGUUUUAAUUCACAUAAGAACCAAGAAACACUCAAAUGCUUAUCAAAGGAAUCAUCACAGAAAUUUAUUGAUUCCAUUUUUGCUUUACAUCAUGGAAUUGUUUACUUUUCUGAUACUCAAAUUUAUACAUCAGAAAAUAUCGCAAGAAUUGACUUAGUUCAAGGCGAAAACAUCGCAAAUACAACUUACCACAUCAUGCCACGUACACAUAUCAAGAGACAUCUUGAUUAUAUGAGAAUGAAAAUGGCAUCUUUUAAGAGAGUCCACGGAAUUGAUGCCAUUAUUGAACAUUUGACCAGUGAACCAUGGUUCUACAACAAGGAUUCGAAACUUGUCAAAGAAUUUAUGGCUGCUUACGAAAAUGUUAACAGACAUCCAAUUAAACCAGUUCUCUUCCACGCCGGUACAGAAGCUGGAAGAUUUGCUGUCCGUGGAUACAUAAAUGCCUCUGUUAUUAACAUUGGCUCUGAUAUUAUUAACGCUCACACCGUUGGAGAAUCAAUUAAGAUCGAGACAUCCAACAAACAAGUUGAUGCUUUCUUCCAAUUCAUGUCUAGAUUUGCUGGAAAGAAGCCAGCAUUUAAUUCUAGAAAUAUGUGGAUUAUUAUUGGAGUUUCAGCAUUCGUUCUUGUAAUGAUUGUUGUAACUGUCCUUUGCAUUGUUAUUUGCCGCCGCAGAAAGGCUAAUUACACACAACUUUCCGCAAAGAUUCUUCCAAUUGAAGCUUGA